UUAGUUUUUAAUGAAAUGUUUGUUUCGGCGGGAACUAGGAUUGCCCAAAAAAGCUUCAGUUGCUUGGCCAAGGCAUCAAAUUUUUGUUCUUUGAGACUUUUAUCAAACGCAAAUACAAGGGACAUCAAUGAUAUGGAAUUCAGCUUCGCUCCUCUGACCUCGAUAUCCGAAGAUGAAAAAUCUAUUCAAGAGGCCGUAGAGAAAUUUGCUAAUGAAAGAUUGAAGCCUUUAGUGAGAAAAAUGGACGAGAACGCAAACAUGGACCAAGGACUGAUUGAUGAACUGUUUGCAAAUGGCUUUAUGGGAAUUGAAGUUCCCGUUAAUUAUGGCGGUGUAGGCUCCAGCUUUUUCUCUUCUAUUCUUGCCGUGGAAGAAGUGGCGAGAGUGGACCCUUCGGUCGCAAUUCUCGUUGAUAUUCACAACACGCUAAUAACGACAGUGAUAAUGCAACAUGGCAACGAGGAGCAGAAAAAAUACUGGCUCCCCAAGUUGGUCUCAGAUACCGUCGGAUCUUUUUGUCUGUCAGAGGCGACAUCGGGCAGUGAUGCGUUUGCAAUGAAGACUGUUGCAAAACCAGACGGAAAGGGAAAUUAUGUAAUAAACGGAACAAAAUUGUGGAUCAGUAAUUCGGAGCAGGCAGGACUGUUUGUCGUGUUCGCCAACACAGACCCCUCUAAGGGUUACAAGGGCAUCACCGCCUUCCUCGUCCCCCGCGACACUCCCGGUUUGACAAUUGGGAAGAAGGAGGACAAAAUGUGCAUCCGGGCAUCCUCCACUUGUCCUCUUCAUUUCGAAAACGUCAUGGUGUGUAUAGAAACCCGUACUAUGCUUAAAAUUUUUACACUAGCGAGGUUGCGAGCGUAG